GGUGUGUUUAAUUGCUGUGUGUGUUUUAAUGCUUUAGUGUUUUAUUUCUCUUCUGAUUGCAGUCCUGGUUUGUUAUUACUAAUGUUAUUACUAAAACACAAGCCAUAAAAUGUUAUUGUUUGUGCUGAUCACUGAGACUGAAUUAGUGAGUGUAAAAAAGUGUGUGUGUGUGUGUGUGUGUGUCCUGUACAGUAAGUGCUUGUGCCACGCAACAGUAUGUACAGUAUGUGGUUCCAACAUGUGAUCUCUCCAGCUGCAUGCAGAAAUAAACUAAAGAGUCUCUUUUACAGCAAAGUGAAAUGAGUUCAUUUCUUCAACACUAUUCCUGCAGAAUUCUAUGGGCGUGUCGCAACUCUCUUUUUCAGCGGCGCGAAGCCCCGCCCCGUUCUGCAGGCUUCAGCAGGUAGGGGGCGGAGCUAACGUCACAGGUAAAAGUGAAAGAGUUUCUCUCUCAGCCUCGACUCCAUUUUGUCUCUGUUGGAAAAGCAGAAAAACCUCAACACCAGGCAGAAACGGUGAUAUUAAUGUCACACAACAUGGACUGCUGAAUAAAAGAGUGUCAGUAAUUCCAGCAGAAGAGAUCAGCAUCUUCAGGACUCAGCUGUGUGUCCAUGAGCUGUCUGUGUUUACACUAAUAUUCAAACAUGGAGACCCCUGACCUGGACACAGAUAAUGUGACCCCGCCCUCAAAUAACCAUAAACUACAGAGAAAGAGAUCAGACUCCCCAGAACCCAGCUGUGUCUCCAUGAAGAGUGAUGUGUCUAUGGAGCUUCCUCAGACCUUUAGAAAUAAAGACUCCACAUCUGUACACAGUAAACUACAGAGAAAGAGAUCAGACUCCCCAGAACCCAGCUGUGUCUCUAUGAAGAGUGAUGGGUCUAUGGUUCCUCCUCAGAACUUUAGAAAUGAAGACUCCUCAUCUGUACACAGUGUUCUACAGAAGUCAGGAGACAGAAGAGAAAAGAACGCCAUCACAGCUACAGGACACGACCCGGAACCUGCUGCUGUAAAUGACUUCCAGAAAAAGUUCAAAUUAAAUCUGAUGAAGAAGUUUCAGUGUUUAAAUGGAGUGAUGAUAAACCCGGAAAACCGAAGACUCCUGAAUGAGAUCUACACAGAGCUCUACAUCACAGAGGGAGACAGUGGAGACGUCAAUAAAGAACAUGAGGUGAGACAGAUCGAGGCAGCAUCCAGGAGAACAACAACAGAGGAAACGCCAAUCAAAUGCAAUGACAUCUUUAAGCCCUUACCUGAUCAAGACGAACCCAUCAGAACUGUGCUGACAAAGGGAGUCGCUGGCAUCGGAAAAACAGUCUCUGUGCAGAAGUUCAUUCUGGACUGGGCUGAAGGGAAAGCAAAUCAGGAUGUCCAGCUCAUGUUUCCACUUCCUUUCAGAGAGCUGAAUUUGAUGAAGGACCAGAAACUGAGUCUGAUGGAUCUCCUUCAUGUCUGUUUUAAGGAGACAAAAGAAACAGAAAUGUCCAGUUUGGAAAAGGUUCUGUUCAUUUUUGACGGAUUGGACGAGUGUCGUUUUCCUCUGGAUUUCCAGAACACAGAGAGAGUGUGUGAUGUAACUGAAUCAGCAUCAGUGCAUGUGCUGCUGAUAAACCUGAUCAAAGGGAAUCUGCUUCCCUCUGCUCUCAUCUGGAUCACCUCCCGACCAGCAGCAGCUGAUCAAAUCCCCUCUGAGUGUGUCCAUCGAGUCACAGAGGUACGAGGGUUCACUGACCCACAGAAGGAGGAGUACUUCAGGAAGAGGAUCAGUGAUCAGAGCCUGGCCAAUAACAUCAUCACACACCUGAAGUCAUUAAGAAGCCUCUACAUCAUGUGCCACAUCCCAGUCUUCUGCUGGAUUUCAGCCACUGUUCUAGAGAGAAUGUUGGAUGAAGUAGAGAGUGGAGAGAUGCCCAAGACUCUGACUCAAAUGUACACACACUUCCUCAUCAUUCAGACAAACAUCAUAAGAGAAAAGUACUCAAAGAAGCAGGAGAGUGAUGAAGAAAUGCUUCUCAAACUGGGGCGACUGGCUUUUCAGCAGCUGAAGAAAGGCAACCUGAUCUUCUAUGAGGAAGAGCUGAGAGAGUGUGGCAUUGAUGUGAGAGAAGCAGCAGUGUACUCAGGUGUGUGUACGCAGAUCUUCAGAGAAGAGUUUGGACUUCACCAGAGUAAAGUGUACUGCUUUGUUCAUCUGAGCAUUCAGGAGCAUCUCGCAGCUCUGUAUGGGCACCUGACAUUCAUGAAGGAAAAGAGAAAUGUUCUUGAACAGAGUCGGGUCUUUAAGACAAUUUCAGAUGUCCACGAGAGUGCUGUAGAUCAGGCCUUAAACAGUGAGACUGGACAUCUGGAUCUUUUCCUCCGCUUUCUUCUGGGUUUCUCACUGGAGUCCAAUCAGAAACUCUUACAUACCUUAGUAACACAUACAGGAAGUAUCUCCCAGACAGGAAAGAGGAACACAGUACAGUACAUCAAGGAGAUGAUCAGUAGAAAUACCCCUACAGAGAAAUCCAUCAAUCUGUUCCACUGUCUGAAUGAACUGGAGGACAAUUCUCUAGUGGAGGAAAUCCAACGCUACCUGAAAUCUGGAACACAAAGUGAACUCUCUUCUUCACAGUGGUCUGCUCUGGUGUUUGUGUUACUGACAUCAGCAGAGGAGCUGGAGGAAUUUGACCUGAGUAAAUAUAUCUCUACAGAUAAAAUAAGAGAUGAGAUUCUUGUGAAGGUGAUGCCUGUGAUUGCAGCAUCCAGAAAAGCAAUGUUGUAUGAUUGUGGUGUCUCAGUUGAAGGCUGUGCUGCUCUGACUUCAGCUCUGAGAUCAAACCCCUCACACCUGAGAGAACUGGAUCUGACUGAGAAUAAACUAGGAGACUCAGGUGUGAAGUGUCUCUCUGCUGUACUGGAGAAUCCUCUCUGUAAACUGGAGAUACUGGGGUUGUGGGAUUGUGGUGUCUCAGAUGAAGGCUGUGCUGCUCUGACUUCAGCUCUGAGAUCAAACCCCUCACACCUGAGAGAACUGUAUCUGUCCUGGAAUAAACUAGGAGACUCAGGAGGGAAGUGUCUCUCUGCUGUACUGGAGAAUCCUCACUGUAAACUGGAGAUACUGAAGUUGGGUUGUUGUGAUAUCCCAGGUGAAGGCUGUGCUGCUCUGACUUCAGCUCUGAGAUCAAACCCCUCACACCUGAGAAAACUGGAUCUGUCUGUGAAUAAACUAGGAGACUCAGGAGGGAAGUGUCUCUCUGCUGUACUGGAGAAUCCUCACUGUAAACUGGAGAUACUGAGGUUGUGGGGUUGUGGUGUCUCAGGUGAAGGCUGUGCUGCUCUGGCUUCAGCUCUGAGAUCAAACCCCUCACACCUGAGAGAACUGGAUCUGUCUGUGAAUAAUAUAGGAGACUCAGGAGGGAAGAGUCUCUCUGCUGUACUGGAGAAUCCUCUCUGUAAACUGGAGAUACUGAAGUUGUAUGAUUGUGGUGUCUCAGAUGAAGGCUGUGCUGCUCUGACUUCAGCUCUGAGAUCAAACCCCUCACACCUGAGAGAACUGGAUCUGUCUCAGAAUAAACUAGGAGACUCAGGAGUGAAGAGUCUCUCUGCUCUGAAGAAUGAUGAACAUUACAAACUACAGACACUGAGACUACACACGUCUCAGCACCGAGUAGAACAACCUGUGACCCCUGGACAAAAUUAUCCUCAGUCCCAAUGAAAACCUGAGGGAUUAUUUGGAACAGCAGGUGAAAAACCACACGAACUCCAGCUGAACCCAGUCAGUGGAAGACGGAGCCGAAAUGGACAGGAACAGUUUCAUGACAUUGGUGGGAUUCUCACCUGACAGGAUUAGCAUCUGAGGAGUUUAUGUGAAGAAGCCCCUAGGAGACUCACCACAAGUCACAUUUCUCACUCCGUCCUUUAGUUGGUGUUUAAUAUAGUGUAGAUCUUUUUUUUCCAGGAUCAGAUCUAAUCUGUUCUUUAUUUUCUCUGAUAUCUGAUCCCCAUUUCUUUGCUAGUAUCAGCUGAUCAUACCCGGUAUGGCAUCAGUGCCUUCUCUAUUACUUAAGUGUACUCUACUUGCAAUAUUUUGAAGAAGUGAAUAUAUAAGUACAAUAUAAUUAUAUAAUACGAUAUUAUUUGUGCUGUAUAAAAUUAGUUCAUGUAUUUAACAUGAAUUUUUGUCUAACAUACUAUGCAAGAGCUUAUUUAGAUGUUAUUUCAGGUGUAAUGCUUAAGUGAUUGAGAGAGAGAAACACACACACAGAUCUGGAGAAAUGCAACAGUUUUUGCAAAAAUGUAUAACAAAAGCAUUUUUUUAAUUAAAUGUCAAAACAUUUCAUUCAUUCAGUUUUAUAUACAGUACAGUGAGAAUGUGUGAAUUAACAUAACUGCAGAGAGUGUGUGUGUGUGUGUGUGUGUGUUGAUGCCUCGACUGUUCCCUCCUUCACGAUGGCCAUCGCCAGGUUACGCGCCAGAGCCAAUCGCAGCAGCUCCAGCUUUGUGGACUCGACAUCAUCCUGAAACACACACACACACACACACACACCCCAUUUCAUAUCCUGUAUACCACAGAGAUUAUUCAGAUCUGGAUUCUGAUUGGUCAGAAGGUUUUGAUUAGUGUUCUGUAACAGCAGCUCUGACAGUAGUGCAGCUGUGAGUCCCAGGUCUAUAUUAAUGCUCUGGUUCUGAUACGUUAUCGUUUCUAUAGUAAUAUGGAAGUGAAUUUGUGCCAGAUGUACUGAACAUAACUUUUUAAGAAACGGACAAAAAUAUACAAUGAUAAAGAAGAAAAAAACUCAAACUGAAAACAGUGAACUCUGUAGCAAAGAUUUAACAUGUUCUUCAAAUAAACAGCGUUCUUUGUGAA